CGUCGGCCACACCCCCUGUGGGAAGGGAGGAGCCACCACCCACAGCGGCCACACGCACUCGCAGACAAGCUGCGGCUGGCUCAUGGCUCCUUCCUCCUCCGCCCCCUCCUGCCCCAGGCGCCACCACCACCCAUCUCUCCUCCUGAUCCUCUCCCUCUCCGUCCUCUUCAUAUCGCUCCCAAUCUUGGGUGAUGGACUGGAGCUGGGAGGAGACGGCCUGUACAGGGAGAUUCUGAGGGACGGGACCGUGCAGCGGCUCAAGGAACUGGGCAAGAUAUCUGAUGGGGAAGGUUAUCUCGAAAGGACUUUCUUGAGUCCGGCUUCCAUCAGAGCUAUUGCUGUCAUCAUCAGCUGGAUGAAAGAUGCCGGACUCACGACGUGGGUUGAUCAAAUGGGAAAUGUUCACGGUCGAUUCGAACCGGCUAAUUCUACCAAAGAGGCCUUAUUGAUUGGAUCUCAUAUGGACACUGUCAUUGAUGCUGGCAUGUAUGACGGGUCUUUGGGUAUUAUUUGCGCAAUCUCUGCUUUGAAGGUUUUGAAAGUUACUGCGAAGCUGCAGAGGCUAACUAGACCAGUGGAAGUUAUUGCAUUCAGCGAUGAGGAGGGUGUUAGAUUCCAAACAACUUUUCUGGGAAGCGCUGCUGUAGCUGGUACACUACCUGAAUCAAUUUUACAAGUAUCUGACAAGAGUGGCACUGCAGUGCAAGAUGUUCUGAAGUUGAACUCUUUUGAGGCUACUGCUGCUGCUCUUAGUCAAGCCAGGUACAACCCGGAGUCUGUGGGGAGUUAUGUUGAGGUCCACAUGGAACAAGGGCCUGUUCUGGAAGCCCUCCGUUAUCCGCUUGGUGUCGUAAAGGGAAUUGCAGGACAGACGCGAUUAAAGGUAAUAAUAGAUGGUUCACAAGGGCAUGCUGGCACAGUUCCAAUGAAAUUGCGCCGUGAUCCGAUAGUUGCAGCUGCAGAGCUUGUUGUGACUCUGGAGAGGCUCUGCAAAGAGCCCAAUAAGUUCCUGACCUACGACGAGGAAUGUGGCUGUUUCACAGAGGAGUCCCUCGCCGGGCUAGUGUGCACCGUCGGCGAACUGCUGACUUGGCCUAGUGCGAGCAACGUUAUACCGGGCCAGGUCAACUUCACGGUGGACAUCCGCGCUAUGGACGACAAAGUGAGGGAGACGAUCGUUACCAGCUUCUCGAGGCUCGUUCUCCAGAAAUGCGACGACAGACUGGUCGAUUGCACCGUCGAGCACAAGCACUCGGCACCGGCGACACACUGCGACCCGGAGCUGACCUCCCAGCUGAAGCGUGCGGCGCGGUCGACAGUGUCUGCGAUGACGGGGCGCUUGGCUGCUGGCGAGACGCCGGUGCUGAUGAGCGGCGCUGGGCACGACGCGAUGGCGAUGGCCAGGCUCACCAAGAUCGGGAUGCUGUUCGUGCGGUGUCGCGGGGGCGUCAGCCACUCGCCGGAGGAGUCGGUGAUGGACGACGACGUCUGGGCCGCAGGGCUUGCGCUGGUCAACUUCAUUGACCAGAAUGCAGUAGCAGAACUGUGAGGAUGACGACGAUGAUUCUUUGGUAGGCCUGUAGCCUGCAACUGUACAUAGACUGUUGUUCGACUGGGCAGAAAUAAAACACUUCUCUUCGUUGA